GUGGGCCAUAAAGCAUAACUUUGGGACCAGAAAGCUUGGCCAAUGGAAACAUUCCAAAGCUGAGACUCCUCUGUGGAACAAGCUCACUACAUGUGGCCAAUCCUUCCCAGUGGCCAGCUUAAUGAGGCAUUUGAUUGGCCAAUAGAAGGUCUACUGGUGCCAAACAGCCCUGCCAUGAAGAGGCUGGUUUGUAAGACACCAGAGCAGUUUGUCCCUGUGAGACUCCAAAUCCUGAGGAAUGGAGACAAGAGAAAGAGCAGACCCCUUGUUAUGGGCCCAGACACCUCACUGGGACGGAGACUGCGGUGCACUAAAAUUCUAAAUUUACCUUCUGCUGCCCGGAGACUUUUCAAUGAAAGAGGGAAGGAAAUUUUUUCCCUGAAUGACCUGCAGAGAGAUGAACUGGUAUAUGUUUCAUGUGGAGAAGCCUGGAUUAAUCCUGACCUCUCCAUCGCUCAACAAAGGAAGCAAGUCCUCCUCAGGAGCCUUGAGUUUGACGUUUCCAAGAUUAAAACCUUUUGUAGCUUGUGCAAGGAGAAAGCUCUCGUUUUAGAAGUCCAAAGUGACCUUGUGUCUGGGGGCAAGCUCGCUGUGCAUAAACCUGUAGUUGUUGAAGAAGAGAAGAAAGAGAAAGGACCAGAGGGAACUCAGAUGCAAAAUGAUGCUUUAAUACCAGGAAAUGCUCCCAGAGAUGCUCUGGCUCUAGAUUCACAUGCAAGAGCCCAUCUCCGCAUGGAAGCCCGUUGCAGGAUGCCCAAGUAUGCCUGGCAGGACCCUUCGUACAACCUUGCUGAUGGUGACAGCCUUCCAAAGAAAACGGACAAAGAGCUCCUGGAAAAUGUGCAGCCCCCAAAGAAACACAGCCAUUUCCCAAAGCACAGUAAAUUGCAGAAGCUGCAUCAUCAGGAAUUUGAAUACAGAAAUGGGCGAAUCAUUAGCUUUGCUGCUCCUCAGCUGGUCCUGGGUGUACAGGGCUGCAAACCCCGGUCAGGCACAGAGGUCGUUUUGGUGGAGAAGAAAUCUGAUGAUGGGAACCAACGCUGGACACAUAAGGAAGAAAGCAGGACCUUCCACCUCGCGAGUAACCCCGAUCUUGUGCUGGCAGUGUCUAUGACUAAGGCUCAAAAUGAAGCCCAGGGCUUUCCAGUUAUCAUUCAGAAAUACAAGCCAUACAGCAAUGGGGCUGCCAAUCAAAAGUGGCACUACGUGGCAAACACGAGAACAUUUAUGGUCUUUCACAGCACUGCCCUGGAUCGGAAAAUCACAGCAGCCAAUUCCUCCGGCCUUUGUACGUCAUCUGUCACUAAAGAAAACAUUGAUCAACCUGGAUACUGUUACCUCUCACCCGAUGGAAAGGAAACAAUGAUGCUGUGCCUGGCUUGCGGGCAGUCCAUGCGUGCACAGAAGGGGUGGAAACAGCUGCUUCCAGGCGCUCCAUUCUUCUGUGUUUCUGGCUCCGAGCAGAAGUCCUUGCCACGAAAGCCAUUCAAGGUCAUCAGCAUUGCCAAGGCUGAUUUAUCUUCUUAUGAAGCUGAAAACACUCUAAGAUAUUACGAAGAGCGACUGUCAUCUUUAUGGAUGAAGGCACGCACAUGCACUACAUCCCACAGUGGCUUGGUAGCUUCCUACCAAAAAGCAGUGAAAAUAAUUGCAUACAAAAAUGGAGAUGGAUAUCGGAAUGGGAAGUUGAUUAUGGCUGGAACAUUCCAUGGGCUUCUUUCAGAGUGCACGGAACGACUUGGACUCUUUAGAGCAGCCUCCAAAGUCUACACCAGAGAUGGAACCAACAUACUCACUUUGCGUAGCUUGGUUCUGUGGGCCAUAGGUGAGACCCUCACCCAGAGUUACCCUGAGGCACAAGAGAGAAGCACGGAGUCUCUUGGGACAGAACAGACAGCUGUUCAAAAUACAGAAGAAAACUCGAAAAUGAAAAUGGGAAACAGAUUGGAUUGUUUGGAGGGCAUAGAUAAAUCUUUGCUUGCUCGGAUCCUCAAAAGUCCUAUUGCAAUUUGGGUGUCUUGUGGUGAGCCAUUUCUGCCUCUAAAUGCCCCACAGAACUCAGAAAAAUUAAAGAAACAAAACUGGCUAAAGAAGGACCAAAUUUUGGCUGAUUUAGACACCAUGAGACACAAGAUGCGGCAGUUAAAAGGGCGGCGAGUGGCAGCCCGUCAGCCAGCCACCAUGGUGCCCACCCAAAGCCCUCUGCAGCCGGUAGUGAUGGAGGGAGGCUGGACUAAACAGACUCAAGAGGAGACGAAGCUCAUGGAGCGUAUACGAGAGACUGAGGCUCAACUUUCUGAAGGCCAAGAACUACAGCCCAGGUGCUCUCUGAUUGCGAGUCAACGUAAAGUAAUUGAGCAUCACAGCCUGCACCAGGUUCCACGUGUGAAACGAGUGUGGGCCUACCAGAAUGGAGGCAGACCCAACGAUGGUGCUCAUGCCUGGGCCAGCACUAUUUCAGAGUUGCUGGAUGAGUGCACUGCUCGUCUGAAAAUGUCCCACCCUGCCAAAACCCUGUACACCUCAAAUGGGGAGCUCAUUGAGUCCUGGGACAGCAUAGAGAAAGAUAUGAUUGUCUGCGUGUCUGCAGGAUGUGGCUUUAUAACCUCAAAAGAAAAGAAGCAGCUGGUGGAAAUCAAAGCGAAUUAUGCCAGAAUCCGGAGGCAGCGGGGCCGCGAAGCCACAGACAUUGUGGUGUCACCCUCCAUGAAGCUGCUAUCUCUCCUGCAGCCACACAACUGA